UAGCAUUCUUUGGAGCUUCUAUCUGCCUGCUAUCAAUUAUAUUUUUUGGCUGUGAUCCACUACCGAUACUCUUUUUACUCACUGUGGCCCUGGGAGUCAAUGGAUUCAUGUAUUCUGGAUUUAAUGUCACUCACGUCGAUAUGAGCCCAGAAUUCUCAGGCACAUUGAUGGGCAUUACAAACUGCAUUGCUAAUUUUUCCGGUUUCCUAGCUCCAGCAUAUGUUGGAAAAGUGACUGAAAGUGGUCAAUCCUUACACAACUGGAGCAUUGUGUUCAUCACCACAUCUUGUGUCUACUUCGUCACUGCAAUUAUUUACAAUAUAUUUGGUUCAGCCGAGCUUCAACCUUGGGGAUAAGAACACUUUAAAAAUAAAAAAUGGUGAUAUAAAUAAAAAUAGAAUUUUACGCUUAUAAGAGAGCCAUAAGAAUCUCAAGCGUUAAAUUUUUUUUCUAAUAAUAGAAUCUUCAAGAUAAUUUUUAAACGUUACGUGACCAACUGAUUUUCCAAAAAGCGUAUACGUGAAACACAAAUUGUAUAAAAAUAGUAGCGCUUAAUGUAUGAAAUUUUAAAUUUUAAUUUUCUUCAAACAGUAAAAUAUUCUCUGAAGCAAAGUCUGCAAUUCGUAAGUGUUUAAAAGAAUUGCAACUGCCAUCCGAUAUUUUAGUAGCAUUUACAAUAAAGCAAAAAAAAAACUGUUACGGUACUUUCCAUAACAUGUUUACUGCUAAAAAUAGGUCCUGGUUACUUAAAAUUUCUUAUUUAUGUCGAAACCUGUUCUUUAAUGGUAAAAAUUAACAAAUUGAUAAACGCUGCAGCAAUAAGGAAUAAAUAAGGUGUAACUUAAUCGUCUUUCUUUAGCAUAUUCCUCAAUUUGAUAGUUUUUCAAUACAAAUAUUUAAAUGAUUUCCCGUUAUUUAAACACCAAUUAUUUAAACACCAAUUAUACGCAAACCAGCGUAAAAAAAUAAAUAGUGAUUCUGUACUGCUGACAAAUAUUUGUAUUUUUAAAUGCUUCUUAAAAUUCUAUCCCUUAUGAAAAAUCGAAGAAAAUCUUCAUGAAUCGACUAGUUAAUAUAAUAACUUUCGAAGCGAAUUAAAUAACUAUUUACCUGAUAGCGGAACAUUAAUUGUAUAAAGAAGUAGUUAUUAACAGAACUUGUAAGAGAUGAUUUUAUUUGAGAUUUUUCUUCCAUGACAGAUACCCUGUUUUAGCACACAGACGUAUGCUUCUUGUAUAUGGCAUCAAUAUCUAUAAUUUCUAUCGAGAAUCUGCAAAUUAUUUUUGCCAACUAAGUUUUUAAGAAAAAUCCACGAGAACUACAACUAUGUAAAAGGAUGCUUUGCAUUUAUAUAUCAUUUGUACAUAAACAUGGUUUGUUGCUCAAUGUAAAUGUAUUUAAAUGAGGUUUUUAAUGAAUGUGUAUAAAAAAGUU